UCCACUUGCAAGUAUUCAUUCAUUCUAGCAUGCCCAACUUCCUUUUCUCAUGUUUUCCUCUUCCAACACUCCCUCCUUCAAAACAUGGCUUCCUCUGCGUCUCUCUCGCCAUUCAGCUCCAACUCUAAGAAUUCUUCAUGUCCGCUCUGUUUCCACCAAUGAUCUAGCUGUCCAACAACAUCCUCAUCUAAACUCUCUACCUAUUAUUGACCCCCCAAAAGGAAAGUAUGAUCCUUUUCCUCCUGAACCUGCUCAAAAUUCCAAUCCUCCUGAGGCUGCCGGAGGUGGGGAAGGAGACGGUUCCAUAUCUGGUAUUCAGGUCCCGCGACAGGGAUACAUUUCUGUUCCAAACUCUGAGCUUUUAGACUCAAUUUUGUUGAUGUUUGAAACAGUAGAAGAAGUAGAUCAAUUCCUUCUCUUGUCUGCGUGCUUGGAUUCUGUUCUUCAUGCUGAACAUAAGAUUAUUUUAGAAGGUAUGAGACGUGACUUUAAUCUCAUUGAUGAAAUAGAGAAGAAGCCACCACAAAAUGGUGGUUCACAUGAACAAGUUGUUACCAAUGAUGAUACGGUCAACUCGACUAGAAAUGAUACACGCAGGAUAAAAGAGAUGGAAGAAGAAGAACUAGAAGGCUAUAACAGGACCAAUGGCGCUGAGGCAAUAUUUACAGAUUUUAGACUGGAUUUGGGAUAUCUUUUUGGUUCUUCGACAAAUACUUUCAAUGAUUCUUCAAACAAGUCCAGGAUUGACGGAGCAAGUCGUUUCCAGGAUUCUUUUGUGCAGCUUCUUAAAAAUGCUCAAUUUGAAGAACUCUCUGUCAGGGAUUUGUCGUUGACGUCAGCUCUGAACAGUGAUUAUCUACUCACUUUACCGAUUUAUGUUGACUGGAAAAAAGCAUCAGAAUCUAAUGCAAUAAUAUUCAGGCGGGGUUACACCACAGAAAGGCAGAAAGGAUUUCUUAUUGGUGAAAAACUUGAUUAUUUGCAAUCAAAACUUUUGCGGGCAAUUUUUUCUACCUUAGCUAAACCAUCGAGGAAAAUUGGCUUAUGGAUAAAUGAGGCUAUUAAAAAUGCUAAUUGGGGCCAUGAUGCACAAGUUUGGAUUGAGAAAGUAAAUCUUUGGCUCAAGGAACUUCCCCUUCUCGAGAAGAAACACAUAGCCAGUGAAUAUAUAUUUGAUAGCCCGCCAGAAGUUGGUAAACAAGCAGAAAACGAUUCUCCUGUUUGGUUGAAAGCACAACGGGCAGUCGCUCGCUAUGAAGGAAUUCUCUCUUCAGUUGGACCCCGUGGCAGACUCUUGAGGAAGUUGCUUAUAUGGAUUGGUAUUAUUCCCUCCUCGCCAACAAAAGAUUUUGACUCAGACAUUAGUGUACCUUCUUCCGAACCUUAUUUAAGGCCAUCUUUCAUACCAAGGAUAACACUUGGUGAUAUAUGGGAACCUGCUACAAUGAAACGGUGUGGAAAUGACAUUUUGAAAAUGUUAAAGGUUGCUACGUCUAUUCUUUUUUCUCGAUCAAUCCUUCAGGAGCCAGCAUUCCGUGAAUUAAUUAUAUUGUAUAGGGAGGCAAACAGUAAAGGGAAGGCUGAAGAUAAAGAGCAGGUUGCUUCCCUUCAGUUGAAGAUUUACGAAAGAAUUUCAAUCCCUGAUUUACCGGUUGUUUUUCCACACAAAAAGUUGUCUUUCAGGAUUCUGGACACAGUACGGUUGGAUAUUGCCUCAGUAUUGGGGCUUUUAGCCUUUGUCAUAAAUUACAAAUUUGAGAACAUUCUAUCAUCCCCAUCAGCACUUCUUCUAGAUGUGAUCACCACCAGUACUCUCAUAUUAUACGUGACCCGCGUGGCUUUUGGAUACAAACAGACAUGGGAUAGGUAUCAACUUCUUGUCAAUAGAACACUUUAUGAGAAAACACUAGCCAGCGGAUUUGGCUCAGUUUACUUUCUCCUGGAUGCUUCUGAACAACAGCAGUACAAGGAGGCUAUAUUGGCUUAUGCUAUGCUACUUAAAGCUGAAAAUAGCAAGGCAAUAUGUGAAGCAAGCAUCAAAGACCAAUGUGAGAGGUUUAUGUACAACACAAUGGGAGAAAAGGUUGAAAUGCCAAUUGACAAAGCUUUGAAUACUCUGGUGAGACUAGGUCUUGUAACCGAAGAAAAUAAUGUUGAUCACGAGAGAAUGUUCAAUGCUGUUCCGUGUGCCACCGCUUAUAACAUCCUUAAACAACAUUGGAAUCUCUUGCUUCAUGACAGUGGAUGAUUUGGAAAUACAGUUUCUUAUCCAGAUGUACAUUUAUAACGAUUUUAUUACACUGAUAUUCUAAAAAUUUCUCAAACCA